AUGUCUAUUAACACCACUUUCAAUCAAAAGACUACUCAAAGUGGAGAACCUCCAAUGAUGAUGAGAAUGACAAAUAGUAGUACACCACCACUAACACCAAAGAAUUGCCUCCCUAUUUUCGUCUACAAUGAUUAUGGGAAAUUAAUUAGAGAGGAACAGCAACAACCUACUGAUAUUAUUACUAAUAACAAUAAUUCAAUGAUGAGAUCUAUGCCAACUACCAAUAGAUGGGAAACAAAUCCACAAACACCAUUAAGUGUUUCUCCUUUCCAACCACUUUUACCGAUUCCAAAUUUCUCUCAUGCAUUCAUUGUGGGAAAUUUGCCACCAAGUGUGUCAGUGAGGAGAAAGAAUAGGAAAAUGUCAGAGAAACCAAAAAACAACUCUGCACCAAGUAAAAUAAUGCAUCAAUUAGAAUUAUCAGUAUUGAAUAAUCAGAGAAGAAUUGCACCAAAAGGACCUCUUGCUGAUAUUUCUAAUAUACAACUUCCUCAACAAGAAUCAACAAAUAAGAGCAAUAACACAACACCUAAAAAACCAAGAAUUAGGCAAUUAAUGUUAACAACUCCCCUUAGAGAAAGCCUUCAAUCAAACCAAUCGGCCAGAAGCAAAUACAUUGAUGAAGAAGCAAAUAAUUAUUCUAUUAAUGAUAGUCCUGAAACAACAAUUAUUAAAACCAGCAAUACAAAAGAUAGUGAGCAUAAGGCAGCGAUGGCAACUAAUUUGGGCUUAUCUACUGAUGAUUUUGAGUGCAAACCAUUCGAAACCACAACACUACCUUCCGUCAUUGAUAAGAAUUAUCUGGUGGUUGAUAAGGAAGGAUGUACACAAUUAGCACUCCUUCCCAAUCACAUCCCAACAAGUGUGUGUAAACUUAUUGAGGUGAAGUGUAGGAAAGUUUCUAACUUGAGACAUGCCUUAAAAAUCCAAAAGGCAUCAUUUUACGUCAAUUGGUGGACUAAAAGUCAGCCAAUGGGCUAUAUGUGUAAAGAUAACGAAUCUGAAAUUGGAAAAGUUGUCAAUGAGAUUGCAGAAUUACUCUCUGAUCAUUGUAGAAAUUUAUUACGAAUGUGCAAUGAGAGAGUGUACAAGAAAAUUAGUGAGCUGAAGGAAGACAAGUUUUUUGCACCUUGUAUUUGUUUUAAUAUAUUGGAACAUGAUUUGGAGAGCAGAAUUACGAAAUUUCAUCAUGAUAAAAUGGAUUAUGGAGUUUCAGUUUUAUUCUAUUUUGGAGACUAUAGUCGAGGAAAUUUGAAUGUUUUGGAUGCAGGAUCUUCAUCAACCAUUGUCACACGACCUGGUGAUGCUGUAAUAUUGAGAGGAAAUUACUACAAGCAUUCUGUGCAAAACAUUGAACCUGGGAACAAUAAGGCAAGAUACAGCAUUGUAUUUUUUGCUCAUUCGACACAUUUCCUUAAGAAAAAGUAUGAACUCUCCCCUGCAGCUGCUAAGAAGGCAUUCUUGGUUGACAAUCCUGAUUUUGUUUCCAUAAAGAAGAGAAAGCAAGCCAGUUCCUCCUCAGAUGUGAGUGUAAAGAAAUCAAAGAAAUCCACUGAAGAUAAUGUAGAAUUCAUUCAGACUCACACCUACUUGGGCAAUGGUUACAAGUCUGGUCACAAGAAUUAUCAAUAUUAUGUUAAAUUUAAUAAUAGUGAUCAGAAGGAGUGGAAAUCUUACGAAAGCUUGCCGAAGCAAGCAGUUGCCUCCUAUUGGGUAAAAUUCAAAAAGCUCAAAUCUUUGAGCAAUCAAUAA